GAAGGAUGACUUUGACUGUGUCGACGGACCUCUCAGUGAACACUAGCCCAACUCAGGUAGAGGAAAAACUGGAAGACAAACAAAAAGCUCUGAGGGAAAGCAUCGAGAAGGGGGAGCCCAAAAUAUUCGGGGUCGCCCAGAUAGUAAUUGGACUGAUGAUCAUCUCUUAUUCUCUUCCUCUGCUCUCCUGUGAGAGGACAAUUACACUUAACUUUGGCGUGCCGUGGUGGAGUGGCCUUAUGUUUGUCAUUUCAGGCGCAACUGCAAUAGCAUUGGAAAAACAUGCCAACUUGAAAGCAGUCUCUGUUUGUUUGGCGAUCUCUUCUGUGACCAUUAUCAUCUCAGUUAUUGCACUUAUCCUAUACUAUGCUGAUGUUGCUCUCAAUUCGGCAACCAAAUGCAAUGAGCGACAACACCAGACAUGUGACAACCAGUACUUUGCCACUCAUUUCAGCAUGGGAUUGAAGACAACCAUCUCCAUGGUCUGUAUGGUCCAGACAGCAAUGUCCUCUGCUUUUACAGCUAUUCUGUAUAAUCAGAAGAAGAAAUUUACAGGUUAUGGGACCAUAGCUGAAUCACAUCCUGCAUAAUCCCAGGACAUUUCUGGAUUUAAAUCAGAGGUCCACUAUCCACUUCAUAUAGCCUUAAUGUCUGUUUUCUUGUUGUAUUGUACAAGUGUUGUUGUAUUUACAGUUUAAUGUGAAUUGUAUACUUUUAUAUAAAUAAGCAAUAUAAGCAUGUAAAGAUUGUCCUUUUUUAAAUAAAAAAAAUUUAGUUUACAUUUAAA